AUGGAGGGUGCGCCCGCGGGGGCCGCGGCGAGCGAGGGAGAACAGCCAAUGGCGACGGUUCGGAGGAUCUCCUCCGAGGGCGCCUCGGGGCGCUAUCGAACGCGACUCAAAAGCAGCCCCCGAAAGAAAUACGUUAUCGGAAGAGUUGUUGGAAACGGCGCGUUCGGUGAGGUACGCGAAUGCGUGGACAGGCAAACGAGGGAAAUCUUCGCCAUCAAGGUUAUGGCGAAGCGCGGGCGUGACCGAGGCGCCUGGAGCACCUCAGAGAUGUUCAGACGAGAAGUGUUCCUGCUUUCGUCUCUCUCGCAUCCGAAUAUAAUUCGGCUGGUCGAUGCCUACGAAGACAAGCACAACCUUUACUACGUCAUGGAGAAGUGCGAUGGAGGAGAACUGUUUGAACACAUCGUGAGGAGGAAACAUUUUGAUGAACAUGGUGCCAGCCGCCUGUGCAGGCAAAUGCUGUUGGCCCUGGAAUAUCUUCACGCCUUCAACAUCGUUCAUCGUGAUGUAAAGGCAGAGAAUUUCCUGUUUCGGGACCAGUCGUUCGACUCGUCUCUGAUUCUCAUCGACUUCGGCAUGUCCGUGAGGGUGCGCCCGGACCAAAUGCUUUCAGAGGUCUGUGGCUCGCCGCAUUAUCUCGCCCCUGAGCUCCUGCGCCGCCAGUACUCCUGUCCCGCCGACAUGUGGGCUCUCGGCGUUCUCGUCUUCCUCAUGCUGUACGGAAGAUAUCCCUACGAUGGUCACACCACUGGCCGGAUUGUACGCGACAUUUUGUACAAACCUGUUGAUUUUCGGUCUCAUCACAUUCGCCCCUCGUCCCUCGCCCUCUGCUUCAUUCGAGGGCUUCUCGAGCCUGAUCCGAAGAAGAGGUUAACCGCACACGAGGCACUCCAACACCGGUGGAUUCUCGAGGGGGAUGUCGAGGCUCGGCGCGAAAAAAAAGGAGCGCGAAUCCCCCUCGAGAUUGUUCGCUCAGCGCAUCGGAAGGUCACUGCGGGGAAGCCUGCGCCGAUCCGAGAGGAAGACGAAAGAAAGUCGAAGAAGGAGGCUCUCCUCCACCGCCUGCAGCAUCCACUGGGAAUGGCGGCGGCGCUGCAGAGUGGACGCUUCUCUGGGUUUCCUGGCGAUCAAAAGCAGCAGUCUGGGAUUCUCCGGCGAAGUGUCCCGCCUGGCAAGCCUGUCAGGAUCCCCCAGAUCAGAGUCUGA